AUGACCCAGGUGGGGGCCCCCUCUGCCUGCCACGCCCUCCCCCACCUCUCGCGAGAGUCGCGCGGGCGCAGUGAUCGCGAGUGUUCCCUGCACAGGACAGUGACGGCGGCCGCCGAGGAAGCUGGACCCCUUCCUGCGCUCCCGGCCGGCCGGAUCGGGACACUAGGCGUGCACCCCUCUCAGCCACAGGCGACCCCUGCUUUCCGGCUCGCCCGCCUUGAGCCUCCGACCCAGGCUUCCCGGGGUUCACGAGGCCCCUCCAGGGCGAGAACUGGUAAUGGGAACGAAGCGGUUCGGAGUGCGGGGGCCAGGACCCCAGGCGCGCCAAGGGGCGCGCAGGGCACACCGGCUCGCAGAAGGGCCUCCCGCCACCUCUCGCUCGUCCGCGCCGCCUCCUCCCGGAGCUCCCGGGGUGUCUCUGACCGAAGCGAACGUGGCGGGGUUAGCCUAUCACCAGAGCGCCCCGACCCCCAGGCCGCCAGGGGAGCCCUUUCCGCGGUCAACUCGGCCGCGCGUUUCCAGCGCCAUGCGCCCCUGGUGCCCACCGCGCCCACGGUGCCCACGCGAGGGGCGCCCGGCUCGCAGCGCGCAGGCGCCGACCCCUGCGGGGACCUUGGCUCCGGAAGCCCCAAUAAGAAGCAGCCAGCUAGCUUCUUGAGCCGAAUCCAUGGAGUGCAGUCCACCUUCCUUCGUUUCAGACUCCACUUCUCCACCAUGAGAACUCCGCAGUCAAAGCAGGCCCUGACGACCUAAGCAAUGGCAGGUCCCCAGGGAUGUAGACCCUACAAACCCCAGAGACCCCUGGAGCCUGCUGGAAUGUUGCUCCCACUCAGGGAGACUGAAUCGUCUCGGAAUCAACUGGAUCUUAUCUGUAGCCUUUUGUCUAGAGGAAAUUUUUGUUGCCUGUUUUGCUCAGAGGUUGAAACUUGUAAUACAUUAACUAAUU